AUGAAUCAUUUAUUAUUAAAAUCAUCUUUUAAUAUAUUACAAAAAUCAAAUUUCAAAUCAUAUUCUACUCAUUUAUAUUCAACUUUAAAUACAAAGAAGAAAUUAUCAAAUGAAUUAAAUAAAUAUAGAAAUAUAGGGAUUAUAGCUCAUGUUGAUGCAGGAAAGACAACGACAUGUGAAAGAAUGUUGUUUUAUUCGGGAGAGAUCAAGAGGAUUGGAGAAGUUCAUAGAGGUGAUACAGUAAUGGAUUAUUUAAAGAUGGAGAGAGAAAGAGGUAUUACUAUCACUGCUGCUACCAUUACAUUUCCUUGGGACAAUCAUAGAAUCAAUUUGGUCGAUACACCUGGUCACGUUGAUUUCACCGUCGAGGUGGAACGAUCAGUUAGAGUGAUGGAUGGAACCGUGGCGAUAUUUGAUGCUGUAGCUGGAGUACAGGCACAAUCUAUUACUGUUUGGAAUCAAUCCGAGCGAUACAAGGUACCGAGAUUGGCAUUUAUUAACAAGAUGGAUCGUGAAGGUGCAACAAUGGAAAAGACAUUAAAAAUGAUGAAGAAUAGAUUGGGAUGCACGCCAUUGGUAUUGCAGAUGCCUUUGCAUGUAGGUCCACAAUUUUCAAAUGUAGUCGAUCUCCUUACACUCAAGGUGUUGGGUUGGAACGGUGAAAAGGGAGAGAUCAUUGAAGAGUCGGAUCUCGCAGAAUACGACGAGGAAUUUGUCAACAAGGCAAAGACGAUGCGCGAGGAGUUGAUCAACCAACUCGCAGAGAUGGACGAAGAGAUGAUGAAAAAGUUCUUUGACAAUGACUGCAAUGUCGAUAGCUUGUCGCUGUCUGACAUCAAGGCAGCCAUUCGACGUGUGACAGUUUCUAUGCAGGCAGUCCCCACUCUCUUUGGAUCGUCUCUCAAAAACAAGGGUGUGCAACAAGUUUUAAACAGCGUCGUAGACUAUCUCCCAUCGCCAUUGGAUCGUGACCAUCCAACUGCGAUUGAUCGUCGUACCGACAAGCCACUCUCCAUUCAACCAAACCCUAAAGAUAAUCUGUGUGCGUUGGCAUUCAAAGUUGUAAAUGAUAAAAAACGAGGCAUGAUUGUGUAUACGCGAGUAUAUUCUGGCGUGUUGCGAUCAGGUGCCACCAUAUUCAACUCUCGUAGCGGUGAAAAGGAGCGUGUACAAAAGCUCUUCCAAGUGGCCGCCGACGAAAUGGAGGAAAUUCAAGAGUUGCGAGCUGGAGAUAUUGGCGCUGUCAUUGGACUCAAGAACGUGUCGACAGGUGACACUCUCAUCUAUGACAUUGACAAACAACCACGUCCAAUGUUGUCAGGCAUCACACCUCCUCCACCAGUAUUCUUUUGUGCAUUGGAACCAGAUACUGAAAAGGACUACGAACCAUUAAUCGAAUCACUUGAAAUCCUUCAAAAAGAGGACCCUUCAUUCCAGUAUAGAAUCAGCGACCAACAACAAAUAUUGAUCAGUGGUAUGGGCGAGUUGCAUUUAGAGAUUAUAAAGGAUCGCUUGGACAAUCAUUUCAAGGUGCCAUCGCGUAUGGGUCGUAUGCAAGUCUCGUACAAGGGCACCGUUCAAAAUGAAGUCGAAGAACUUGACGCACUCGAGGUGUUUGACAUUCAAACGAGUGGAGGUCUCAAGACCCUAUCUGCCAACAUCUCAGUUCUCAUGAAACCUCGUGAAGCAGGACAAGGUAAUCUCGUCGAGUUUAUCCUCCCGAGAUCCCAAACCGAAAGUAUGGAUAAAUCAACACUUGACCGUUGCAAACAAUCCAUCCAAGAGGGUAUUGACGCUGUCUUUAUGCGUGGUCUCCCUCUUGGUUUCCCAGUCACCGAUACACAUGUCGUCAUCACACAUUUCGCUUACAAAUCAGAAUCAGAUACUCCUCCAUUGGCAUUUAGAAACGGAAUCAUGCGAAUCAUGAUGCGUAUGGCAGAAUCCUCUGCUCCAGCCAUUCUCGAACCAAUGAUGAAGUUGGAAAUCUCUGUCGAUGAAAAACAUCUUGGUGUUGUCCUUUCUGAUCUCACCAAACAACGUCGUGCCACCAUCAACGAAGUUGGUAUGGAAAAAAAUACCCACAUUAUCAGUUCAACUGUUCCACUCAAGGAAAUGAUUGGUUAUAGUACAAUUCUUCGUUCCAUUUCACAUGGUAGUGCUUCUUUUACAAUGGAAUAUAGUCAUAAUGGUAUUGUUUCAUCUUCACAAGAAAUCCAAAAAAUAUUUACAGAAAUUAGAGGCUAUUAA